CUUGCGCUGGUCACGUGACAGAGCCGGCCCUUUGUUGAUGAGCUUCGUUCGUGGAAGAAGAACGACGACCACGAGAAGAUCUCAAAAGAAUAAAACUUGAAACCGCUCGGAAGAGCGCAAGAAGAGCAAGACGGAGAAGCAGCAGAAGCCGAAGCUCGUUUGGAUGUUUGGCCUUGUGGGGGAUGGAGGCGCAGUACGGGCUGUGAGGGGGUCGCCGUGCGUCUGCGUGGGGGUCGCCGCCGUUCGCCGCGGGCUCCGCUUUGUGCUACCUUCCUCCUCCUGCUCCUCCUCGUCGGCGAUAUGAGGCGCUGAAGGCCAUCUUUGCGCUUCUCGUGCGGCUUUGGAGACAAAAGCGUGUGAUUUUCCUGCUCUUCUGACAUCAUCCCGUGCUCUUCCAUCAUGGCUCUUGUGGCCUCCACCGCUUCGUUUUCAUCAUCAUCGUCCUUCCUGCUACUACUCCUUCUGCUGCGCCUUACCUCCGCCACGAGCGCAACUGCUCGAGGAGGAGGAGGAGGAGGAAGCGCCACGCUCGAAUGUGGACCGGGAAAGAACGCCGAGUGUCCAGACGCGUCAGUGAAGAAGAGCGAUCUCCGCGUGUGCGACGCGGGCACGUGUCGUUUUGGCGGGACUUGCCGCGAGAACGGCGCCGACAUCAAGUGCGUGUGUCACUUCCACUGCCACAAGAAGUUCGUCCCCGUCUGCGCUUCCAACGGCGACACGUACCAGAACGAGUGCUUCCUGCGACGAGCCGCCUGCAAGAAGCAGCGAGCCAUCAGCAUUGUGUCCGAGGGAGCCUGUUACCACGAUGGCUCUUCAGGAUCUGGAGAUGGAGAUGAUGAAGGUUCUGGCGGCAGCCGCGGCAAAAAAUCGUCCAAAUGUGGAAAUUGCAAGUUUGGUGCUGAGUGUGAUGAAGACUCUGAGGACACGCUCUGCAUGUGUAACAUCGUGUGUAACGGCCACAACGACAACCCGGUUUGCGGCGGCGACGGCGUGACGUACGACACGCCCUGUCACGUACGCGAGGCGUCCUGCCUCAAACAGAUGAAGAUCGACAUCCGCCACGUGGGACGUUGCCAAGACAAAAGCAGGAAGGACGACGGCGUCAAGAUGAAACCGGACGUCUUUGGUGUUGCCAAGUCUGGUGAGGGAGAAGGUUUUGCGGAAGGCUCCGCCCCCUGCCCACCAGACCACGCCCUUAUUUGCAUACACGGCCAAUGUGAGAUGAGGAGCAACCAGGCAACAUGCAGGUGCUCGGCGUCGUACGGUGGCCCUCAUUGCAACCAGCUGGUGGACUUCAACAUCCUGUACGUGGUCCCUAGUGGCCAGAAGCUGCAUUACGUCCUGAUCGCCGGCAUCAUCGGCGCCGUUCAGAUCGCCAUAAUCGUGGCCCUCGUCAUGUGCUUCACCAGGAGGUGCAACAAGGCCAAGCGAGGGCGGAGGCAGAAGCAACAUUUGGCUCACUUCCAAUCUGGAACAUCGUCCAGGAUGAUGUAGCCUAGCCUAGCGUAGCCUUGCGACCGCUGGUUGGCUGGCUGCUUUUUUCCACUUGAUCCACUUUUUUCACAGACACUUUUGAUAAAUCCACAUGUGGUGCCUCUUUUCGUUCCUCAUCAGAUACUUUAAACUCCUGAGGGAGUCUUAGUUUGGGGGCAGGGGGAAAUUCUCUUUUAUUUGUAUUAUAAUUAUUUUUUAAAUCUUUUUUUAAUAUUCUUUCGUUGUUGAUUUUGCUUCUGGACGCGUUUGUGUCCUCCGUUGCUGAAUUUCUUCUGAGAGGCAAGUGCAGACGAGCUCAGACUCUGGAAUGCGCCAAUGAGCUUUUUUGUUUUCUGGUUAGCUCGGACGCUAACGCCUCUUAGCUUUUGUUUACAUUUUUGAAUGAAAUGGCACAUUUUGGGGAAUCUUAUUUAAAAUGUUUGUAGCUCACAUUAUGGACCUUUUUCAAACUUAACGUAAGCCUUUUUUCUCCACACAUUUGACUUCACAAGUCUGGACGGUUGCCAAAAGGCACCACGAGGCACUUGAGCGCACGUGAUGCUGUUGGCGUCCUCCAGAGGGCGCGCUCAUCUCAACUUGUCCUGUCACACGACAAGCAAAAUGCUUUGUUUUUUCUACUCUUCAGGUCCAAAGCAACGAGUUUCCGGAAAAUCCAUUCCAAUGUUUGUUUUCUUGACCUUUUGUUAAACUGGGACAAAGAUUUUUCAUCCACCUUUUUUUUCUUUUUGAAAUAUCCAAUGUCUGUAGCAAGUGUCCAUGUUGCUCGUUUUUUAUGUGUUAGAUGAGGCGGCCACCAGUGGUUCCGGUCCCAGUCUCGGUUCCGCUUGCGGCUGCGCCGUAGUUGUUGCAUGCUGCUGUCAACUGUCACUGUGCUUGUUGUAGAAGUAAAUCACCAUGGUAACUGAU